AUGCUGGGCAUGGCCAUCCUUAAGGCUGAGGCAGGAUGCACUGGCGAUCUUUUUGUCCCUCUGCAGGAGAAGGUUGACAGAACUGCUUCCAGCAAUCCCAAUCUUCAUCUGAACAGGGCAACAUUACAUAAAUAUGAAGAGAAUUAUGGGGAGGCCCUAGAGGGCUUCUCUCAGGCAGCAGCACUGGAUCCUGCCUGGCCAGAGCCCCAACAACGAGAGCAACAACUCCUGGAAUUCCUGAAUAGAUUAACCAGCCUCCUUGAGAGCAAGGGAAAGGUAAAGAGCAAAAAAUUGCAGAGCAUGCUGGGAAACUUGCGCCCAGCCCAUCUAGGUCCUUGUGGUGAUGGGCACUACCAGUCAGCCUCUGGGCAGAAGGUGACCCUGGAGCUCAAGCCUCUGAGUGCACUGCAGCCUGGUGUGAACAGUGGUGCAGUGGUCCUGGGGAAGGUAGUGUUCAGCCUUACCACAGAGGAGAAAGUGCCCUUUACAUUUGGCCUGGUAGAUUCAGAUGGACCUUGCUAUGCAGUGAUGGUGUACAAUAUGGUGCAGAGCUUGGGAGUGCUCAUUGGCGAUUCUGUGGCCAUCCCUGAGCCCAGCCUUCGGCUUCACCGGAUUCAGCACAAAGGAAAGGACUAUUCCUUUGCCAGUGUUCGUGUGGAGACACCCCUCCUGCUGGUGGUGAAUGGGAAGCCUCAGGGCUCCAGCAGCCAGGCUGCUGCUACAGUGGCCUCACGGCCACAGUGUGAAUGACCUUACUUAGCCUGCAUGUGAAAGAGGGAAUGGAGGCACGAAGAUAAGCUCUAGGGCACUCAUCAGCUGGACCAGCCACAUCCAGUGACUCACCUGGAAUGGGGGACUGUUAGAUGAUGACCUACUCUUCCUCUGCCCUGAAAGAUGCUGUGUGUCUUUUCUUUCUCUCCUCUUAACAGGUUUUAGCUCUCACUGGGGCCACAUACUCCUGUGUCUUUCAUUGCUCUUCUAUGUUUUAGGCAAAGAGCAUGGAACUGGUCAAAGUGUUGGGAUCUUGCCAUGGGACAGAGUCCCCAGGGUUCCUGUUCUUGCCUCCUUCCUGAGCCUCAUGUGUAUAUAUCAUUUCAGUAUUUAUUGCUGAGGGAGGGGGCUUAAUUUUAUAAUGGCUUGGUUUUUGAGCAACUUUUAUUUUUAUUUUUAAAAUUUAGGUUUAUCCCCUUCUUUGGGGCUGGAACAGAAUUAAAUAUGCUUGGAAAAU